AGACGGACGACGCUUGUCUCAACAUCGUCUGCCGACUGUAAUCGAAAGUUUUAUGUUGGUGAUAAGCCACGCCCUCCGGAACAAGGAUAUUUCCGUUCAGAAAUGGCUACAUUGAUAAAACUAAGGAUGGUUUGAUUGCCAGAUAUAAAUGUCCAACAUUUGCUUCCAAAAGUCGAACAUGUAAAUUUUCUGCAAGUACCUUUUUCUUUGAGGAUUCUGAUUAACUAGCAGAAAUUAUUAUUUUUUUUCAUUUUUAUGAAGGAAAUUCAGCUGCAUUAUAAUUGUGCUGGAGAAUACAUCAUCAUGUCACUCAUUGAACACUUCAUCGCUGACCAUUACGUGUCAGUCAUCAUAGCUAGCCUGGUAUUUGUCUUACUUAGAAAGUAUCUCCAGACCAAGAAAUCUCCACCUGGACCCUGGUCACUACCUUGGAUUGGUCACCUGUUUCUGCUAAACAAAGGAGACACGAGAAACACAUUUCGUGAGUUAAGAGCCCAAUAUGGCGAUCUGGUAAGUUUAUCGCUCGGAAGCCUAUCCAUUCUCGUCGUGAGUGGACUAGACAUGCUGCACGAGGUCUUCGUCAAACAUGGAAAGUAUUUUGAUAAGAGACCUCAGAUGUUUACAACAGUCAAGGUAGGACAGGGCAAAGCUGUUGUUAACGCCUCUGGACAUGUCUGGAGAGAACAUAGAACAUUUCUGGUCAGCAAUAUGAAAGAGAUAGGAAUCAGCCACAUCAACUUUGAAGCCAACGUCCUGGAAGAGUUGCAGCCCUUCCUUCAGCUACUAGCGUCCACCGAGGGGAAAGACUUCGACCCUAGGCUGUGUCUACAGACAGCCACUUCCAACAUCAUCUGUUCCAUCUCUUUCGGCAAGAGGUUUGAUUACGAGGAUCCCGACUUCAAAGACAUUCUCGAGAUUGUCGAGUCCAACAUGAAGCUGGUAGGGGCCACUGCCAUCGUCAACUAUUUCCCCUUUUUAGAGUUCUUGCCAGGAGAUAUGUUCAAAUGUAAGCAGUGCUUGAAUAACGUAGACAAAGUUCAGAGAAUCCUCCAGACUUGGAUCGAUCGACAUAAGCUGACAUUGGAGCCAAGCAAACCACGAGACAUUAUUGACCUUUAUAUGCUGGACAUGCAGCAGAAAGUCCAGGCUAAUUUAAAUACUUCCAUGAGUGAAGAUCAACUGCUGAAGCUGAUCGGGGAUCUCUUCGUUGGCGGCACUGAAACUACAGCGACAACCUUGAGGUGGACACUGGUCUUUUUGGUGCAUCACCCGGAAGUACAGGAGAGAAUAUAUUCUGAAAUAAUGACCACAUUGAACGGCCGGACUCAGCUAUCUGUCCUUGACCAGAGACAGAUGCCUUUCACCAGCGCCGUUACCAUGGAGAGUCAGAGACUUGGGGACAUCGCUCCAUUCUCCUUACCCCACUCCAAUACAGAACCUGUCCGCAUCGGUUCAUACGUCAUUCCUGCUGGAACUUUGGUCAUUCCUAACGUCAAUUCAGUUCAUCUGGAUCCUGAAUUGUGGGCCAAUCCGUCAGAGUUCAGGCCAGACAGAUUUCUGAGUGAUGAUGGUUCAUUGGUGAAAAAUUCAGCCCUCAUGCCGUUCUUCAUAGGCCAACGAGUGUGUCCUGGUCAGAGUUUAGCCAAACUGGAACUGUUUCACUUCAUCACUUCAAUUGUCCAACAUUUUCAUAUUCUACCAUCUUUGAUGGAAGGCUUGCCCCAACUUCACGGCCAUCUUGGACUGACCUAUAUACCACUACCACAUACACUCAGAUUCGUAGCACGGUGUCAAUCAGAAAUAAAUCCAUCCUAAGGAAACAAAGACGUGUAGAAGACAUAAACUGUUGAUGUUUGUUCUUCAGAGAUAUUGUGUCUAUAAAGACGUGUAUAAUGUAUAAACUGUUGAUGUUUGUUCUUCAGUGAUAUUGUGUCUAUGUCCAGUGAAUUUCCUUCCAUCUCUAGACCUGUCUCAUUCUGAAAGGAAGUGAAGGGAACUUAAACGAAUACCACACUUUGUGACUCCACAAAGUCAUACAGUCAUAAAACUGCAAAGUUAAAAUUGUUGUGUGCGGCAUGCAGUGAGAAAGUAAACACAUCAUUUUGUUUUGGGUUGUAAAAAUGUAUAUGUGUCAUAGCUACACAUACUUCUGAUAUGUUAUGUCUAUUCAACCUGCUAAAGUUUACUUUUUAUUGCCUGUACAUUGUUACCUAGGACUGUAAGAGAAUAAUUUUAUUUGGACCAAAUAAGCAAUUACAGUAGAUUUGAAAAUAUCUGAACAUCACGAUCAGUAGAACCAUGUCCAUGAGCUUGCAACGAAGUUUCUCAACAUUUUUCGAUGUAGUGGCGUAUCAAGAGACAGGUCCUUGACAUGGUCCAGUCCAACUAACUUCUUUUCUGGCGCCUCAUUCUGCUCCGUCUGCGUUACCCUGAAGUAUUCAGAAUGUUUCAAAACUUGUUAAUUUUAUUAGAUUCAGUUUACAGUUGGCUUGGCCGAUAGGAUAAAUGUAGAAUGCUAGGUACAAGAUGAUAACAUUUAAAUAUUUAGAUAGGCAGAUAUCUGUCUUGUGAUCAGAAGUAAUCUAUCAAACUUUUGUUACAAUAAAAUUGUACUACAUGUAUAUAAAAUUUUCCAUUGUCAGAAUUUACACAUUCUGAGAAUAUUUAUUUUUAUUCAAAACAAAAGUUAAUUUCUAAGGGAGUUAAUGCUCAAAUAACUGCUAAUAGUAACACUGGUCUCAUGAAAGCUGUAACAGUAAACUUAAAAAAAUAUUUAAUUUUAUAUCGAUUAGAAAAAUAUAUCCCACAAUAACACAACCACUACAUUACAUUUAUACGUUAAAUUCUAAACCACUGAUUAAAAGAGUUUAUGCUUAUUAUGUACAUGGAGUAUUAUUCCAUUUGAAAUGAAUGACGGACAGCAAUUGCUCCAUGUUCAAACAAAACUAUGUAGUUAUAUACAUCAAAUAAUACAUGUAUUUUCAUGUUCCAAUGAGUAAAUAGCUGAAUCAAUUCUAGCUCUAUCAGCAGAGGUUUUGCUUUUUAAAUUAAUAAAAGCAUUUUAUCUACUAAUAAAUGAUUUUAUCUCCUGAUUCUAUAUUUUAAAGUAACUGUAUAUGACCUUACAUUGUGCCUUAUAUGUUGGACUAGAUAUUUCUUACGUUAAUUUCUGUUCACACUGAACUAAGGACACUUAGAUACGCUCUUACUGGGUGACGACGUCUUAUCACGUUGUGCUUUUUUUUCCCAAAGAUUUAUUUUAAAAAUCGAAACUAAAUUGAAAAAAAAAGGGAGGAGGGGAUUCACUGUCUCCAUUCUUUACAUUUUCUGUGUGUGACUGUUUU